AUGGUAUUUUUAAAUAGGUUACAGAAGUAUGCAUAUUCCAUAAGAGAUUCAAAACUGAGAGAUAUCUUAAAAGAUGGUGCUGCUUAUCAUCAUGCUGGUAUGGAGCUGUCAGAUAGAAAAGUAGUUGAGGGAGCUUUUACUGUUGGAGAUUUACCAGUUCUUUUUACUACCAGUACUUUAGCUAUGGGAGUAAAUUUGCCUGCUCACCUAGUAGUUAUAAAAUCUACAAUGCAUUAUGCUGGAGGACUGUUUGAAGAGUACAGUGAAACAGAUAUUCUACAGAUGAUUGGUAGAGCUGGUCGACCUCAAUUUGACACUACAGCUACUGCAGAUAUCAUGACUCGAUUAAGCACAAGAGACAAGUACAUUCAGAUGUUAGUUUGUAGAGACACUAUAGAAAGCAGUUUGCACAGACAUCUUACUGAACAUUUAAAUGCAGAGAUAGUACUGCAUACCAUUGUGGAUGUGAAUAUUGCUUUGGAACGAAUACGAUCAACUUUGCUUUAUAUCAGAGCCUUGAAAAAUCCAUCUCAUUAUGGUUUUGCAUCUGGAUUGAACAAAGAUGGAAUUGAAGCAAAAUUACAAGAAUUAUGUUUGAAGAAUCUGAAUGAUUUAUCAUCCCUGGACUUAAUAAAGAUGGACGAAGGUGUUAAUUUCAAACCAACUGGUAUAACAUUGUCAAAUGCAAUCGUAAAUGCUGGUUUGACUUCCUUUAAAAAAAUAGAAGAGACAGAUGCAAGGGAACUUGAAUUGAUUUUAAAUAAACAUCCCCGCUUUGGAACCCAGAUAAAAGAAACUGUGAUGUAUCUACCAAAAUAUAGACUUAAAGUGGAUCAGAUUACAAGAUACAGUGAUACGACGGCAGAAAUGUUAGUAACUAUUAUUUUAAGAAACUUUUAACGACUACAAACUAAAAGAAUAGCAUCAGAUUCUCACUAUGUUAUCUUAAUUAUAGGUGAUGCAGAUAAUCAAGUAGUUUAUCUGCACAAGAUUAUGGAUUCUGUUUUGCUAAAAGCUGGAAAUUGGGCUAAAAAGAUGGCUGUGAAGAGAGCUCUUAAAUCUGAAGAUCUUAGCGUAAAUCUAAUAAGUUCUGAAUUUGCCCAUUCAGCAGCCAUGUGGUACCUGGCAGUUUCCUCCAGUCCAGUUCCCAGUGAAGUGUCUGUGCUAAGGUUUCUGAGGCCCACCAAGCCCAUGAAGGAAUCAGCACUGAUGGCCUUCUCUGCAAACCUGCUCCUGUAUUUGGAACAGGAGACUCACCUGAAUUGA